AUGAUACGUUUGACGCGUCGUCUUAUUGAUAUGCUAAAUCGACUACGAUGUGAAGUUCAUGAAAGAGGAUGCGCGCAGCUAAGAGCAUCACUAAUUCAUACUCCGCUUCAGAAAGAUGCUCUCGUCCCAGUAGUUCCGGUUUUCUCGUUGCUGCAAGGUGGAUCUCAGACAUGGGAAUGGAGUGUUUUUUUGAAGUCAUUGCAGUACAUUUACUUUGCAAGGAAAAAGCUCAUAGACGACUUAUUAGAUCAGUUCGAGAAAAAUUUGAAAACAGCGAGAAAAAUCAGUCAGGAAAUAAAUGAGAAACAAGCCAGUGAAUCUUCCAAAGGAAUCAGUGACAAUCAACCGUCUGAAAACCCAAAUCGAAGCAAACGACCUUCUGGCUUCCCAGAUAUACCGAUGCCUCCAUUGUCAGCUGUCUUAGCAGCCAUGGCAGCAUUUGCUGCACUUUUUCUGAUAGCAAACAAAAGUAAAGAAAUAUCUUGGAAGGAAUUUUAUACGGAAUAUUUGGAGAAAGGCAUUAUUGACCGACUGAUUGUGCACAGAACAUGGGUUGAAGUAAAAGUACGAGAGGAUACGAGUGUUGGUAUCACACCAUACUUUUAUAUUGGGAGUGUAGAUGCAUUUGAACGAUCUCUGGCUGCCGCACAGCAACAUCUUGGAAUUACUCCGGAAAAUCAAGUCACCGUUAUUUAUAAUCCGGUCGAUACAACGUCAGUGAUAAGCAGUUUAGUCCCUGUGGCCAUAUUGUUUCUGCUAGCGUGGCCUAUCAUCAGAAUGAUUUUUAGUUCAAGACGAUCAUCAGGUAGCCGUGUGGGAGCGAAUCCUUUCGGUGGUGGAGGACCAUUUAAUAUGUUCGGAUUUGGACAAAGUACAGCAAGACUAAUAAAUAAAAAUGACAUCGAUAUAAAAUUCAAUGACGUUGCUGGUUGUGAAGAAGCGAAAAUAGAGAUAAUGGAGUUUGUUAAUUUUUUGAAAAAUCCAGAACAAUAUAAGAAGCUUGGUGCUAAAAUACCGAAGGGUGCAAUUCUAACUGGUCCACCGGGCACUGGCAAAACACUGUUGGCUAAAGCGACUGCCGGUGAAGCAAAUGUUCCUUUUAUAACAGUCAGUGGUUCAGAAUUUUUGGAAAUGUUUGUGGGCGUUGGUCCGGCGCGUGUCAGAGAUAUGUUCUCUAUGGCUCGCAAAAAUGCACCCUGCAUAUUAUUUAUCGAUGAAAUAGAUGCUGUUGGAAGGAAGCGAGGUGAAGGCCGAUUUGGAGGGCAUUCGGAACAGGAAAAUACUCUCAAUCAGCUGUUAGUUGAAAUGGAUGGUUUCUCGACUGACGAAUCAUCGGUUAUUGUGAUCGCAGCUACAAAUCGUCCCGAUAUUUUGGAUGCGGCUUUACUAAGACCUGGUCGAUUUGAUCGGCAGAUCUUCAUUCCUGUACCUGAUAUCAAAGGAAGGGCUUCUAUAUUUCGUGUUCAUUUGGCGAAACUGAAGACAAGUCUGGAUAAAGUGGAGCUUUCAAGGAAGUUAGCUGCUCUAACUCCCGGAUUUUCAGGAGCCGAUGUUGCAAAUGUUUGUAAUGAAGCGGCAUUAGUAGCAGCACGUGAUGCGGGAAAUGAAAUUAUUCUAAAAAAUUUCGAACAGGCUAUCGAAAGAGUUGUUGCUGGUAUGGAAAAGAAAAGUCAGGUUUUGCAACCGGAAGAGAAGAAGAUAGUUGCUUUUCAUGAAGCAGGACAUGCGAUCACUGGUUGGUUCCUAAAGCAUGCGGAUCCACUUCUGAAAGUUUCAAUAAUACCGCGUGGUAAGGGAUUAGGGUAUGCGCAGUACCUACCGAAGGAGCAAUAUCUUUAUUCCACCGAACAACUUUUGGAUCGAAUGUGUAUGAUGCUAGGGGGACGUGUUUCGGAAGAAAUCUUUUUCGGACGUGUUACGACAGGUGCACAAGAUGAUUUGCAAAAGAUCACUGAAAUGGCAUAUUCCCAGAUUGUAAAGUUCGGUAUGAGCAAGAAAGUUGGUCCAUUAUCAUUUACAGAGGGUUCAACUUUUCAAAAACCGUAUUCCGAAACCACUGCAGAACUCAUUGACCAAGAAGUGCGUGAUCUUGUCGAUACAGCUUAUAAAAGAACACAUGAAUUACUGGAAUCUAAAAAACCGCAAAUUGAAACUGUGGCAGAAAGGUUACUUCAGAACGAAAUUAUAUCUAGAGAAGAUUUAAUUGAGUUGCUGGGACCGCGUCCGUUUGCGGAAAAGCAAACUUAUGAGGAGUUUGUUGCGGGUACUGGUGGCCUGGACGAAGAUAUCACAUUACCCAAGGGUUUAGAGUCAUGGAAUAAAUCAAAAAAUUUGAAGGAUAAUUCCGAAACCAAAGCUAGAGCGACAGAUGCUAUGAACAAGACGAAUAAAGAGCGGUAG